AUGGAUCGUGUUAAGACCAGAUUUUGUAACUAUUACAAAGGGAUAGUAAAUAAAAACAACCUUUUUCAAAUAAAGAAUAAUACUAACCAUAUGAAUAGACGAUACAUAAAUAUUAGCCCUAUAAAUUUUACCAAAAAUAACAUAAGCAAUAAUGAAACACCAAAUACAAAUAAUUUACCUAAAGCAAUUAGAGUACCCAUCAUGCGUUUCUUUUACGGGAUUAUAGCUGUUAUGGCAAUUGUUCCUAUUUGUCAGUCUCUCUAUGAAACUGAUAAAUAUUAUAAAGAAAACAAGCAUUUAUAUGAAAAGGGAGCUACAUAG